GAAUUUCAGCAUCGUUUGUAUCCAUGCAAUCAAAUCAAGAACAACCAGGCUCUCUGCACGCAGUUGUUUACGAUACAAAUUUGAAAGCGGUCACACACCUGGACUCUACCAAUACAACCUCUGCAAGCUCAUUUGGCUGCAUGUCUGCCGCUAAAAAUGCACCAAAAUUUCUAAAGGUCUCAGGUACACCUAAUCUGAAGUUUACUAUGACUAUUGUCUUCGCCCAUCAGCCUUUAAAUGUGCUUUAUGACGGCAGUAUUACCUACAUGGAGUUCAACAAUUCACAGUUGCUGUAUAUCCUUCCAAGUCCAACAUCCCCAAGCGCUCAACUUGAUAUCGCCGUUAAGUCAGACAGCAAAGGUGAAGGUGUUCUAAGAGUUUCGCGCUACUGUGAGCAAGCCAUGAAAUCGGGGGAACUUCACGACAAGAAGCCAGCUCUGUUUCUUACGUUUGAAAAACGAGGACUAAUCACUGUGUCCAAAGUCUCUCGUCCAGCGUUCAGUACGUCAGAGCCACUGUACGUGUUUGUCAGCGUUCCUGAACCAAAAACGUAUUCCAUUGCAGUCAAGAUGUCAUUUGGUUAUAACUACCUACCUAUUCUGUGGAUCACACUAGUUACAAUAAUUGGUGGUCUCUUCAUCGCUGUGUGGGCGUUCUUUUCGUUUUAUUAUAAGCAAGAUUCAGCAAAUGCUCAUGAGGAUCAGCCCAAUGGAAUAUCAAAAUUCCAGUUAAUCAAGAUGUUAUGGAAGUACUGGAGACAUGUUAAUGAGCUUCGGCCAUUUUCUUAUACAACCUGUAUCGUUGGGUGCGUGUUAGUUGUCGGAGGCCUACAGUUUGCACAUCUUCGCUGGGAAACGAUGAUCGAGACUGGUAACAGGGAUAGGUGUUUCUACAAUGACCUGUGCUAUCGUGUUAGUCAUUGGCACGAUUUACCGCUCAAUCUUAUGAUGAGCAACAUCCCAUACGUCGUGCACGGGCUGAUGCUUGCUCUCACGCUGUUUGGAAUGGAACUUCACGUCAUUUACAAAGCUAGAGCUGAUGCAUUGAGGGAGUGUGGUGCGAUGGGUUCUGUACGAGCUCGAAAUCGAGGUAAUCGACAGCAGCAACAUGAGCGAUUACCUCAACACGCACUUGAAUGCAAAGACUUAAAUCUCCAUUUACCAGAGUUGACGAUGCCGACCUUCAACGGUAACCAGAAUCGUCUCGUCCAGCUUUACACGUACGCUUACAAGAGGAAAUACAACUUUUCAAUUGGCUAUGCCUUCGCCUGGGCCCUCGUCUUUGAAGGGGUCUUCUCCACCRUCUACCAUCUUUGCCCUUCUCGUGCCACCUUUCAGCUCGACACAGCCUUCAUGUUUGUUAUUUGUGGGAUGAUAAUAGUCUCGUUGUUYAAUGGYUUAUCGGAUGUGGUYGGAAAGGACGAUAAAGAGGACGAUAAAAGGCCAAUCGGCAACAAUAACUUCUUUCUUGCUGUGAUAGUGCCUCUUUACCUCUUCAACUACCUUGGUUUUGUUUACAAUGAGUUUAUCACGAGCUCUACUUUUGAUGUCAUCUUCAUCAUCCUGUUGGUUGGCUGGUUCUUGGCAAUGUCCGUCUGGUCCUUCUUUAAACUURAWGUCACCUUCAAGAGCUGUAAAUGCAAUGACAACGCUUUCAAAGUAAGCAUGCUUACAGUCGCAAUUGCRUUGAAUGCCGUUUUCCUGGUCAUUUUUUACCGUGAUUUUUYCCUAGCGUUCUUGUAUUCGUGUAUUGCAAAUGGCAUUUUGAGUGUGUUUGCAAAAUGCGUAAUCAAUCGUUACUGGCCAAAAGCUGACGAGCAGCGGCAAAAUGUGUCUAAGAUAAUCUGGGCACUUCGUGUUAUCUACGUGGUUGCAUUGGUGGUAUUAAUCGCUUUAGCAUUGUACGUGUUCAAAGACCUUGCAACAACGAAUAAGACGGAAACUCCAGCCCAAUCGCGAAACAGCAACAAAGACUGCCAAUGGCUGACUUUUUUCGAUUGGCACGAUAUUUGGCAUUUGCUUUCUUCGUUUGCUUUGCUAAUGGCCGUCUUUCCUCUCAUGUACAUUAGCAAAUGACUGUUUUUGUCAGGACCUUGAAGCUGCGAAUGGCAAGAUACCUUUGUAUAGAUCAUCYAUUGGUAUAACGAAAACCUUCAGUGUAAGAAAUGAAAAAAUGGAUAAUAUAACUAGAGGGCUAGGAGUGUAUCAAUAUAGACUUCAAUAUGCAUGAAUUGAUACUUAUAUGUGGCAGCUGGGACACAAGGCAAUAUUAGUUAGUAAGCCUUCAUCACAAGGGCGGGGCCAGGGGAUGAUUAUAAUUAGGACGACUAGCUAACUACUUUGGGUGUAGAAAUUUAGAAAUAGGAAUUAUGUCCAAAGUAAAGAAAACCCUCAGUUGAGACAUUCUGAAAAACAAUAUAAGGAACGUUCAAAGGUUCUGGAUUGGGCUCUGCACCGUGUUAAGAAAGGAUCCCACUAGGACAAGAGCAACGGUUAAUACAUUUUAUCAUAUAAUUAUCUAUGAAAUACCUAUAUUUCUCCAU